GGUUCCGCUGAUAAAUUAGAGGGGUUUAAAAUAAAAGCUUGAAGUAAAGCAAGUUCAAGGAAUGUUCUGUGGUAACUAUUAGCUCUCUACUCUCCAGGAAAAUAUUCCUACAAACUUUCAUUUUGGCUUCUGAGUUAAGACUUAUAAUUCGCUGAUAUGUUACAAGAGAAAAUUAUUCUGAUGUGAACUAGACACAGAAACAAGUGUAUAAUGGACAUUCACAGUUCAGGUUAACUGAGAAGUAUGUCAAAUACUUUCCAUUGGGUGAGAGAUGUCAGAACAUAGUCAUUUCAGUCCUAAUAAAAAGUAACUUGGACUAAGAGUGGGCCUAUUAAAAUAAAUAACUAUGGGUGUAAAAAAGAAACACAAACUGAUAGUCACUUGGCUGCCCUUCAAAGAGGUGAGAGAGGGUGAUGUUUCUGAGUUUUUGAAAUUUCAAACAGGAGAAUUUUUUUUUUUAAUCUAACACAUUGAUGAAGUCCAUAUAAUACAAAGUUUCUAUUGCUACGAACCCAAUUUUAUUGAAAUUUAGAAUCACUAAUAUUGAUUGGUGGCUUUUAAGGAAGAGUUAGGAGUCAGUGGAUAGCUUAUUCCAAACUAACUGCCAAAUGGCCAACAUAGGUGCCAUGCAUAGGUUUCCUACAGUUUCUCAGGAAGAAAAACAACUUGUAUAAUGCUGUUUUCUGUCUUCUCUGCAGCCCUGGGAUUCAUGAACAAUUCAGAGAAAAGCACUGUGACUGAGUUUGUCCUCCUAGGCUUCCCUGGUGGCCAGGAGAUGCAAAUUUUCCUCUUCUCAUUGUUCUUUGGGGUCUACAUAUUUACCAUGAUGGGAAAUGGCAGCAUUGUCUGUGCUGUGAGGUGGGACCAACGACUCCACACCCCAAUGUAUAUUCUCCUGGGGAACUUUGCUUUCCUUGAAAUCUGGUACAUUAGCUCCACUGUGCCCAAUAUGCUGGCCAAUUUCCUCUCAGAAACAAAAACCAUCUCUUUUGUUGGCUGUUUCCUGCAGUUCUAUUUUUUUACUUCCCUUGCUACAACUGAAACAUAUCUCCUCUGUGUCAUGGCAUAUGAUCGGUACCUCGCCAUCUGCCGCCCAUUGCACUACCCAACCAUCAUGACCCUACAACUCUGCUAUAUCUUGAUGUUUCUUUGCUGGCUUUUUGGGUUCCUUAGUUACUCAGUCUCCACAAUACAACUCUCCCAAUUGUCUUUCUGUGGGCCCAACAUCAUUGAUCACUUUCUGUGUGACAUGGACCCACUGAUGUCUCUGUCCUGUGCUCCAGCUCCUAUCACUGAGAUUGUCUUCUAUAUCCUGAGCUCCCUCAUUAUCAUCCUCACCCUUCUACACAUCCUUGGUUCUUAUAUCCUUUUACUGAUAGCUGUAUUAAGAGUCCCUUCAGCAGCUGGCCGACGAAAAGCUUUUUCCACCUGUGGAUCGCAUCUGACGGUGGUGUGUUUAUUCUUUGGGGCCCUCUUGGCAAUGUACGUGAGCCCCACAUCUGAAAACCCAGCAGAACUUCAGAAGAUUAUUACUUUGUUCUAUUCUGUGGUCACUCCCUUCUUAAAUCCUCUGAUUUACAGCUUACGUAACAAAGAGAUGAAGGCCGCACUGAAGAAAGUCUUGAGGAUAGAACGAGCGUAAUCUAUGUGAGACCAAGCAGACCACUGUCCACACGUAAAGGAUCACUUAAGAAAGACUUGAUUUCAGCUGCCAGUGCACACUUUAAAGAAGACAUUUUCU